AUGUUCCGCACUCCCAUUGUACAGCGCGUAGCGCUCUCUUCACUGCGAUCUCGGGCAUUGCCAGGCAGCAAUGGCAUCGCCAGAGCUGCUGGUCUGGGCGUGACCGCCGCUGUCAAGCCUGUAACUCCAGCCUUCAAGCGAUUCGAGUCGAGCGUAAUCACUCCUGCGGCUGCAGUUACCUCCUCGGGAGAGUUUGAUCCUCAUGCCGUCACUGCGAUGGAUAAGCAAACUCCACCAAAGCCAGGAGAUGACUUCAACGUAGUCAUAGUAGGAGCGUGAGUCUCGCACAGCAAGGCUCGAUGGUUUGCGAAUUGCCUUCCCUCCUAAACCUAGCGCACCCUCCCUAUCGUAGCGGAAACAUCAACUUCGGAUCGGACGAGGGACCUUGGAACCACAGUUUCCGUCUUGAACACAAGCUCGGCCCUCGUCUCAAGGUUGUGGCUCUGAUCGACCCCUCAGCAGCACGAGCCGACGCCGCACUACAGAUCAAGCGCGACUCGUUCGUACUGAGUGCAUACAAGGACACGAUCGUGUACCCCACGAUGAAGGACUUUAUUGACAAGCACAAGCCAGAGCACGCCCCUCGGUGAGUAUUAGGGCUAUGAUGUGGGCUCAGUCUCUGUAAAGUGCUGAUGAGUCCUCUCCAAUAGCGCCAUUUGGGUCGGCUCACCACCCGCUUUCCGUGGACGCGAGGAGCAUGGACGCGACGUCGAGAAGCAGAUCAUCGACGCAUUCCCCAACGUAGGAAUCUUCAUCGAGAAGCCUGUCUCGACUGGACCAGUGGACCAAGCGCUCAAUGUUGCCAAGCGCUUGGUAGACGCUGGCAAUAUUGUCAGUGUCGGUUACAUGCUUCGAUACCUCAAGGUAGUGCAAAAGAUGAAGGCGAUUAUCGAGGAGAAUAACCUCAAGGUGAUGGCCACCAACGCGCGCUACGUCAUGGCCUACGAGCAUACUGCCAAUUUCCACUGGUGGGACAAGGCUCAGUCGUGCGGUCCCAUUGUGGAACAAGCGACGCACUUCUGUGAUCUUUCGCGAUACUUUGGAGGAGAGGUGGAUCUGAGCACCGUCAUGGCGCAUUCGCUGGAGCACUUUGAGCCCGCUGGCCAGCUUGCCAAGGUCCCAAUCGCCGAGGACAAAAUUGCGCCCGACCAGCGCAUUCCUCGUAUUACAUGUGCUUCUUGGAAGUACGAAUCUGGCGCUGUCGGCUCUUUGACUCACGCCGUCGCCUUGCACGGUUUUAACUACGCGACAGGUGAGCGUGCCGCCCCAGCACGAGUGAUCGAGUAUACUUUGGCUGACAUGCCCCCCAAUGCUCUCAGAGUUGGACGUCAUCUGUGACGGAUACAGCUUGAGACUCGUGGACCCAUACAACGCCCCUGUCUUGUACCUGCGCCGACCUGGAGAUGAUCACGAAGAGGUCAUCAGGUACCAGAAUGAUGACCCAUUCUUUUCCGAGGUCGCAAACUUGAUCGACAACAUCGAAAAGGGCCCAGGCUCUGCGCCUAUCCUCUCUUCCUACGAAGAUGCCGCCAUGACGUAUGGUGAGUGCGGCUGAUCGCCACGACACAAAGAGACUCGACGAAUUGACUGAGUCUCCCUACCUCCAGCGCUCACUUGGGCCAUCCGUGAGGCUUCUGAGCGAAAGUGAGUUCCGCCGCGCAACUCCCUCUUGACCUGAAGUAUUCUUUCGAAGCUCACAUGUGAAGCACCUCCUCACAGCAUCAAGAAGCCCGCUGCAUAA